AUGACCUUUAAAGUGCGCCUACGUGCCGCUCAAACGUUAUACCCGAGCAGCCCCUUGGCGAGGCAACAGCUGCACCCAUCCCAGCCGAUGCCGCACCGCCUAGAACUGAACGCGGGCACGCCGCUGCUCGCUGAAGCCUUCGUCCGCCACUGGGGUCACCCCGGCGCAACCUCUCCGAGAGCCGGCUAUUCACUACGAAAAGACCGACGGUGCACCGCCAACUGCCCUGAUGGACCCUCGGCUUGUCGGCGUGGCAAAAGACGCCAGGGAAUACCACAGAGAGGCAAAAUCGUUGUUUUUUUUCUUUUUUUGCUUCGUCCACGGCUCAAAGGCCACCAGCAAUGGCAACUCAAUUGCGGGGAAUGUGGCAAGCAAAAGUGUGGUAAAAAGCCGUUGGGCCAUUCAGCCGUGGCUGGCCAAUUUACCUCAGAAAGUGUGCGAUGCGGCGUGUGCGGGAGGCGGUAA